UAACUUGGUGUGUGUCCUCUUGUAACCAUAUAAAGGCACACUAACUGCUCUCGAAUCCACAUUUUAAUAUUUCCAGCCGGGAUCCUACAGCUGACCUCCUCCAACAGUUGACAUGGCAUUAAAUGGUAAAAUAGCAGUAGUGACAGGAGCAGCGCUGGGGAUAGGAAAAGCAAUGACAGAGAUACUCCUGCAAAAUGGUGCCACGGUUGUCCUCCUGGAUGUGAAUGAAGCUGCAGGGAAAAGUCUGAAGGAAGCCCUCGACAAACAGUAUGGACGAGAGAAAACUUUGUUCCUGAACUGUGAUGUUGAGUCAGAGGAACAUAUAAAAGCUGCCUUUCAGAAAACUGUGGAAACCUUCGGUGGAAUUGAUAUCCUCUGCAACAAUGCCGGCAUCUUGAAUGAGAGAACGUGGGAGAAAAUGGUCUCCAUAAACCUCGUGGGUGCUAUCAGGGUAGCCUACCUGGCUCUCCAGCACAUGAACAAGUUGACCGGAGGUCGGGGAGGGGUCAUCGUCAACACAGCAUCAAUGGCAGGUCUCGGUCCUCUAAUGAGCUGUCCUGUCUAUACAGCCACCAAACAUGGAGUGGUCGGCUUCACUCGAGCCAUGGCGGCUGCCUCUACGGCUUCAGGCUAUGGUAUACGGUUCAACGCCCUUUGCCCAAGUUUUGUCCAAACUGACCUCUUCUCCACCAUCCCAUCCAACCUUGGACAUUACUCCCACCUGGCUGAUGCAACCCAGCAAAUGGCAGAAGUCAUGGGGACGUUAACUGUGUCUCAGGUAGCUGAGUGCCUCCUCGAGCUGGUGAAUGAUGAGACAAAGAACGGGGAGGCCCUCGUGGUGACAACUAACGGAAAUAAGUACAUGACAUUUCCUGUAUUCAGCUUGAGCCAAGGCCCCUGAUUGAAUCCUGUAAUGUUUCUCGGUGUUUCUAUGUGCAUAAAAAUAAAGAAAGGUCAUCAUUUUAUUUGAAAAAUGAUCUGUUAAAUUAUCGAUUGACCACUAAAAUGAUCGGAGUGUCUGGUAUCAUGGUUUUUAAAGCCUGUGAAAUGUAUAGCCCACAUUAAAAAAUCUGACAUGAAUGUUAAUAAACUAAU